AUGCGUAUCACACCACCCGAGAUGCCGCCGCUCCGAGAUAACGAAAGUGCAUAUGAAGCUGCCACAUCCCACUCCCCCAAGCAGUCCUUCUGUCAAUAUUCUACCAAAUCAAUCUACUCGCCAUCUCAUUCACAUACACUCGUACCCAUACACGCACAUACACAUACCGAUACCACGAAAAUCAUGUACUUCUCUACCACCUUCGUUGCAGCCAUUAGCACCGGCCUUGGCGUCGACGCCACCUCCAUUGCCUCACCUCGCGACAAUGUUCAAAUAGAUAGCAGCGAGUCUGUUAACGUCUCUCCGUCUAGCGGAAAAUAA